AUGUCUAAGAACUCGGAGUUUAUCAAUCUGUCAUUUUUGUUAGAUCAUGAGAAGGAAAUGAUCCUGGGAGUCUUAAAGAGAGAUGAAUACUUGAAAAAAGUGGAGGACAAGAGAAUAAGGAAGCUGAAAAAUGAACUCUUAGAAGCAAAACGUAGAAGUGGGAAGACUCAACAACAAACCAACAGAGUCUGCGUUCACUGCCAGAGAAACCUGGGCUUAAUAUUUGACCGAGGAGAGCCGUGCCCGGCCUGCUCCCUGAGAGUGUGCAGCGAGUGUCGGGUCUCAGGCCUUGAUGGCGGCUGGAAGUGCACUAUCUGUGCCAAAGUCGCACAGUUAAGGAUCGUAACUGGUGAGUGGUUUUUUGAAGAAAAGGCAAAGCGUUUCAAGCAAGUCAAUGUUCUGGGCACUGAUGUAGUCCGACAGUCCAUCUUAAGAAGAUGUCCAGGAACUGGAGAAAUACAAAGUCAAGAGCAACCCCGCCGGGACCCAGAAAAGGCAGACACUUCACCUUCUGCCAGGCAAAAGGCCGGUCGUGACGGACCCAGAAGAAAGGGAUUUCUUCUGAGCAAGUUCAGAUCAGCAACCAGGGGAGAAAUCAUAACUCCAAAAACGGAAAGUGGGCGAAGCUACAGCUUGGACUUAGACAGCCAAAACUUCCGGAGUUUAAAGUCAGUCCCUGGUUCGGACAGGGGAAGCACUGGUUCAUCAGAUCUGAAUGACCAGGAAGCUGGCCCCGCAACCCCGAAGAGUAGCCGGAGCAGUGGUGUGACCCCCGUCACUCAGAGGUCACCAGCCCCAAGCACACACAGUGUGACCUCAGUCAGCAUUAGAGAACGCGGUUUUGAAAAUUCCGUGGAUUUGGCUGCCAUUGAAAGCACGUAUGAGGACCUCACAAAGAGUCAUCGCAGAAACGUUUCUGGUACACCUUCCAUAGCGGUGUCUGAGAUCUCCCUCUCCUCAGACCGGAGUCGAUCUGAGUUCGAUCUGAGUGGGUCCUUUCCAGAAGACUUAGAGAAUACUGCAAACAUAAGAAGCAAGUCUGUCCCUGGGGCUUUAGACAAAGACUUGGGCUCCCUGGAAGAGACUGAGGAAGGUGUUCAUGACUUAGCGUCCUCCCGGUUUUCUGCCAACACCCACAGUCUAGCAAGUGGCCUGUCAACUAAUUCUCAAGCAGGCUCUGACAGGAAGUGGACCUACCUAAAUGUCCCUGAUGCUGACUCAGACACUACCAGCCUUAACAGCAUGAUGAGUGUUUACAGUGAAACAGGAGACUAUGGCAACGUGAAGGUCAGUGGUGAGAUCCUUCUCCACAUCAGCUACUGCUACAAAACUGGCGGGCUCUACAUUUUUGUCAAGAAUUGCAGAAAUCUGGCCAUAGGAGAUGAAAAGAAACAGAGGACAGAUGCUUAUGUCAAGUCAUACCUUCUUCCUGACAAGUCCAGAAACAAUAAGCGCAAGACCAAGGUCAGAACAGGCACCAAUCCAGAAUUCAAUGAGACACUAAAGUACACCAUCAGCCACACCCAGCUGGAAACAAGAACUCUGCAGCUCUCAGUCUGGCAUCAUGAUCGAUUUGGACGUAACAGCUUCCUUGGGGAGGUGGAGAUUCCUUUUGACUCAUGGAACUUUGAAAAUCCAAAUGAUGAGUGGUUUGUGCUUCAGCCCAAGGUGGAAUUUGCUGCGGACAUAGGCCUUCACUAUAAAGGAGAGCUAACAGUUGUUUUACGUUACAUCCCCCCAGAGGAGAACCUGAUGCUUCCUCUAGAAGAAGUUCAAGGAAAGAAGACCUUCAAAAGGGGAAAGAAGAAGGAGUCACCUGUAAUCUCUGGAGGAAUCCUGGAAGUGUUCAUCAAAGAGGCACAGAAUUUGACAGCAGUGAAGUCAGGAGGCACUUCUGAUAGCUUUGUGAAGGGCUACCUGCUCCCAGAUGACAGCAAAGCUACCAAGCACAAAACACUCGUGGUAAAGAAGAGCGUUAACCCUCAGUGGAAUCAUACUUUCAUGUUCAGUGGCCUGAACCCCCAGGACAUAAAGAAUGUUUGCCUAGAACUUACCGUCUGGGACAAGGAGCCCUUUUCCAGCAACAUCUUUCUGGGAGGAGUUCGUUUGAAUUCUGGGACCGGUGUGAGCCAUGGGAAGAAUGUGGAUUGGAUGGACUCUCAGGGGGAAGAGCAACGCCUGUGGCAGAAGAUGGCGGACAAUCCUGGGACUCCUGUCGAGGGUGUACUCAUGCUCCGGUCCAGCAUGGGGAAGUGUAGGCUCUGA